AUGUAUUUAUUUUUAGGACAUCAAUAUCAACAUUGGAAACGUAGAGAAGACUUGUACGAUAUAAAACAUCCACUGAAUUGGAUACACACUGUACGCUUGACUCUUAGUUUACAACAUUCAUCUGAGCUUAUUCUUCUCUUAAUGCCUUCAGCUUUAUCAUUACUCGAACAUUUAAAUGUAACUAUCGAACAGCCACGAAGGGAUUUAAUAUCUAAAAGAGGCCAAUCAACAGAAUGUUUUGAAUUAUGCAAAAAAGAUCUCUGUUAUACAAAUGCUGCUGGUACAAAACUUCGAUCAUUUGUUUUACGUCAAAUAGCAUUCGAUGAUCUUUUGAUUUUAUUUAAUACACUCACAUUGGUUGAUAUAUAUGAUAAAUGUUUAAAUAAUUUGCUAGCUUUUCAACAAUCGAUUGGUCCUUCAAAUUUACUUACCCUUAAACACGAUCAAUUUCAAUUUUUGCUUCGAUUUCCCGUUAAGUACGAGCAUGAAUGGAUUCGUAGAUAUCAUAAAAUUGGAUGGACAUUUGAUAAUGUUGGUUUUCAUGUAGAUGAACAUAUUGUGAAAUUGCUCGAUUAUUCCUCUCCGUUAGAUAUUAUUUAA